CUUUCUUUCUCUCUCUCUCUCUCUCUUUCUCUCUCACUCUUCACCCGACACGACGAACACGAACGAAUGGGCGAACGGAAAUACGAGCGAUCGAUUGGCGCUGUGUUUGGUGGUAGUGGCCGCUGAGUACGAGAAAGAUAGACAGAUAGUUACUCGCACGUGUGAGGAGCGCGAGUCUGACGUAUCAACGAACUCUCCCUUUUAUACGAUAUUAUCAAACAAAUUGUUCCGAUUUGUUGAAGGUGUACGUUUUUAAAUAUCCCGCCAAAGAUUCUCAAUGACAUUAAUCGGAGGAAGGACAAACAACUCGCAGUGGUCAUCGACGAUGACACUGUCAUUUCCGGAUAGUUAGAUCCGAUCAUGAAGAAAACAACGGGAGAAGUUGUUUCGGCCGGUGGUUCACGCCCUUGCGGCUACUUCGUUCACGACGAAGCGACAACAAUAACGAUUACGGGUACGGGUACGGGUACGUCGGGUACGACGACGAUCGAGCAACAACGAUCCAACGAAUCUAACGUGCCGGCUCGAUAACUUUACCAUCUCUCUAUCCUUUAUAUAUAUAUAUUUCUCUCUCUCUCUCUCACACACACACACUUACGUGCACAUAUACGUAUAGAUACACCGACACGUUCACGCACAAGGCAUAUACUCGUUUGCUGAUUCCAUACACUCAUCCUAUUUCCCCUACCCUAUCCUUAUUCCCCUUACUCCCCUCUCCUCCUCCCUUCACCCCACUAUUUCCAACUUCAACCUAUCCCCUUCCAACUACAGUACUCCCAAGCAGCCAAUGUCGAUGCUCGUAUUUUGUCUGCGUUCUAUGUAUUUGUUCGUUAAGUCUACUACGUUGUGUGUGUUUUACCGUGCGUAUUCGUUGUUGUCGUUGUCAUCGUCGUCGCCGUCGUCGUCGUCGUCGUCGUCAUCAUCGUAGUAGUAGUAGUAGUGUAGUUGUAUAGUAGUAGAACGUACGCGUGUCGAUGACGAGUCGCGCGCGAUUUUUCGAAGUGAGAAAAACGCUACCUUCGUGUCGGUGGUGAGUACGUUCUUUGUGGUUUGUUGGUUAUAUAGAAAGAAGAGAGAAAUAUAAAAAAAGAGAGAAAGAGAGAGAGAGAUAGAAGAAAAAAGUAAGAAAGAAAGAAAGAAAGAAAGAGUUGGUGAGUGAGUGGGUGAGAGUGAGUGAACGAACGAGCGAGCGAGCGAGUGAGUGAGUGAGUGAGUGAGUGAUCGUCGUCGCCAUCGUCUUGUCAGCUGGUCGAACGUGCAUCGUCUUUGAGGUGUCGCGUGAGCGAGAAAAUGUUCAACUUCAUGAAGAAGGCCACGGAGAAGGACGACAAGGAGAAGAGGAAGAGGGAGAAGAAGGAACGGAAGGAUGUCAAGAAAAGAGAUCGAGGGAGUAUGUCUGCUGAGGAACUUCUACGACUCGAUGAGGUUCGUAGAUCAUUGAAGAUACCAGGACGCAGAAAGGAAAAGGAAAAACUACCUAGCGGUAUAACAGCAGAUUAUAGUGCAUCCUUCUUUGCUCACUUGGAUCGGGAUCUAUUGGAGAACUCGCAGAACACGACGGGUGGAACAGGAAACACGGUGGGCGGUGGUACAGGCUCGAGUUGGACAAUGAGAACGCCUGAUGGUUUGACACAGAGCGACUCAUCGGAGACAUCGUUGACCUCUUUGAGUACAACGACGACAAAUGCCGGUGGACAAUCUGGCAAGAAUCUCCCUCCUCUUCCACCGAAACCUCCAAAAAGAGGGAUUUUAAAAGGGCCAAGAUUGAGUAUCACCAGUGGUACCAUAAACGUCCUUUCGGAAGAAAUUGUUCUACCGAACGGGAACGAAGGUGGUUAUCAAGAGGCCAGUAAUUUGUUGGUGAGAAACACUCUACAGAACGAAGUGAUAGCCUAUCAGAACGUUCCGCCUACGCACUCAACAAGCUUAGGUGCCAUGGCUGCUGGUCUCACGAAGGACGAAGUUUGCAGUCCUUCCGAGGAAGAAACGCAAUCUUGGCGAAUAUCUUCUCAACAAUCUUCUCAUCAUCAUCAGCAUUUUCAUCAUCAACAACAGCAUCUUCAGCAACACCAUGAACAUCAGCAACAUCAAUUGCAUCAUCAACAACAACAACAGCAGCAGCAACAACAACAGCAACAACAGCAACAUCAUCAUCAUCAUCAUCAUCCGACUGAAUCGAAGCUGCUGCAGGUUGUGACAAGUGCCAGUCCGUCAGCUGAUUCUUUGACGGACACGACCAAUUCGAGUUUUGCUACACCACCGUUCAGUUUGUCACCGGUCGGUGAAUCUCAGGGUUUCUGUAGAUGGCGAUCCUCAGCUUCUUUCGAGGAACAAGGAGUAGAACUUCAGCUACCGGAAAUCGUGCCUCUCGAACUUCCGGAACCACGAGAAUUGACAAUCCAAAGGCAGCCACCACCUCGUAACGAUUUUGGUUUUUCUCUUCGUCGUGCUGUCAUUGUUGAACGUGCUGCCAAUGGUGUUACUCAAAUGAGGCCUGUCAUUUUCGCUGAACCUGGUACUUUAGUUCAACACAACAACGACACUGGUCUUCUACCGGGUGAUCGGCUUAUCGAAGUUAAUGGGAUCAAUGUCGAUGAUAAGUCUAGGGAAGAGAUCAUUGAUUUAAUUAAAGGAUCUGGUAGUAGUGUCACGGUGAAGGUGCAACCAGUCGCGGAACUAUCAGAGCUCUCAAGACGAGGUGGAAGCGAUGGCCAGCAAGUCGAGCUGGCACCUGCGAAUAUUCGCGGUGGCACGCUCCGUCGAUCCGGUAGCCUGCGGUUUCAUCAGAAUACGGCGCGAUCGGAGGAGCACCUUGCGCAAGAACAAGCAUGGCUAACUUCCGAGAGGAUCUGGUUAUUACAUCGGGCAGGUUUUACACCGGCCAUGCGUUGUGGACCAGCGGAUCCGGAUACGGGAAAGUUACGAAUUUGUUUGACGACCUCCGGUGAGGAACUUCUCGUUGAUGAGGAAGAUGUCGAGAAGGCUAAUCCUCCGCAAUUUGAUAAAGCCGAGGAAUUAUCUCAAUUGCGAUUCCUCAAUGAGUCCUCUGUUCUACAUAUACUGAGACAACGCUAUGCUAGUAAUUUGAUUCACACGUAUGCCGGUGACAGUAUGCUUAUCAUAAAUCCGGUGGCCCCAUUGGCAAUAUAUUCGGAGAAGGUCGCUCAUAUGUUCCGAGGUUGCAAAAGCGAAGAUAUGCCACCUCACAUUUACGCUAUGGCACAGUCGGCGUAUAGAGGGAUGUUGGCAACUCGGAGAGAUCACUCUCUCGUCUUUCUUGGUCGUAGCGGCGCCGGAAAAACUACGAAUUUCAAGCACGCGCUGCAUUACCUCGUGCUAGCUGCAGGGACUGUGAAUAAGAUAUUAACCAUAGAGAAGUUGAAUGCUUUGUUCACCGUGCUCGAAGCCUUUGGAAAUAGUCGGACCCAUAUGAAUUCGAACGCAACACGUUUUACGCAACUGUUUAGCCUGGACUUCGAUCAGUCUGGACAAAUCGCUUCGGCAUCGCUUCAAGUACUGCUAUUGGAAAAAUCGAGAAUAGGUAGAAGAGCAAACGGCGAUCCAACGUUUCAUGCUAUUUAUCGUCUAUUAGCUGGCGCAGAAGGUGCCCUGAGAAAGGAACUUCAUUUGACGAAUCUAGUCGCUGAGAACAAUCAAUUCGUUACGCCAUUACAAAAGCACGAGGAUAAGCAACGUGCCAUGGUGGAGUUCAAUCGUAUCGUCGCUGCCUUUAGGAUUUUAGGAGUCUCUGAGACCGAUGAGAAGGUCAUUUGGCUAGUACUAGCUGGGAUUUAUCAUUUAAGUUGUGCCAGUGCGGUUAAAGCUGGUACAACGUCGCAGAGCCGUUGGCAAUUCGCUAGAGUGGAGUGUGCUGAAAAGGCAGCUAAUUUAUUGGGCACGUCAGUGGAGGAAUUAAGUAGGAUAGUCUUUUCAUCAAACGGAGGCGGUGCUGGUACGCCAAACACCCCAAGGCCAGCCUUAAGAACACCCAGUCCAACCGAGCAAAGCAAAGAUGUCACCGGUAUUGACGCUCUUGAGGGUCUCCUUAUCGGUCUUUACUCGGAAGUUUUUCAUUGCGUUGCGGCACUCAUUAACAAAUCUAUAUCGUCAUCGGUGCAUACUGUAUCCUCACUUUUGUUAUGCGAUUCGCCUGGUUUUCAAAAUCCUGCUUCGUGCGGAAGACAAACCGGAGCAUGCUUUGAGGAUCUAUGUCACAAUUAUCUUCAAGAACGUUUACAAUUACUUUUUCAUCAUACGACUUUGGUAGCUCCGAAAGAUAGAUACGUUCAGGAAGGUAUCGAUGUUGAUUACGAGGAUGAUUAUGACGAAGAUGGGGUUGGAUCCCCUCAAGGUUUGGUCUCUCUCUUAGACAGGGGUAGUUCUCAGAGUGCUACAAUGUUACGUACUAGUCAAAGUGAUUUAAGUGGUAGCAGACAAAUGGAACGAAAAGGUUUACUUUGGUUGUUGGAUGAGGAAACCGUUUGUCCUGGUGGUAGCGAUGAAACUUUCUUGGAUCGACUGUUCUCUUAUUACGGGGACAGAGAUCAUCAAAUGCUUUUGAGAAAGGCACCAGGCAACAAUCAAUUCGUACUUCAACAUCUGUUAGGUACUAAUCCCGUUUUGUACACCGCAACUGGUUGGUUGAAGGCUACACGAGAAAAUUCUGUGUCAAAGAGCGCAAUUACGAUUCUUCAAGAGAGUUCGAGAGAAGACGUUAGUAUACUAUUCGUAAGUGCACGAGGUGCCGGUGUAUCUGGUGCUUUGUGCGGUUCGAUGCCUGGUUUAGAGGGAUCACAAUCCUUGAGAAGAGCCUCGAGUAUCCGAAGAACAUUUACGGCAGUUAAAAGGAAAAAUGUUUGUUUGCAAGUAAAAUUUACAGUUGACGGCCUCAUCGAGACUCUACGUCGAACUCGUCUAAAAUUCAUCCACUGUCUUCUACCGCAACAUAAUGCCGGUUGUACUGAUAACAAGAGUUUGCUGUCAGUGAAAUCUAAUCAGAAUGAAGACAGUGUUAUAAACGUGCCUCUUUUAAGAUCACAGAUUCGCGGAAGUCAGAUAAUAGACGCAGUGCGUUUACAUAAGGUCGGUUUUCCAAAGUACAUGGCCUUAGGUGAAUUUAGACGUCGAUUUGCUUUAUUAUCCAGCGAUGUGAACGCCCGACCUGGUAGUCCUGUUGCCGAUGAACGUCGUGCGGUCGAAGACAUGCUUCUAACCGUUGACAUUGAUCCUGCCUCCUAUCGUGUCGGCCAGAGUCAAAUAUUCUUCAGAUCGGGAACCUUAGAAAGAUUAGAAGCUCAGAGAGACGAGAAGCUCACUGGACAUAUUAUCCUCCUUCAAGCUCGAUGCAGAGGAUACCUUGCUCGCCGAAAACUUAACACAUUGAAGCUGCAAGACCUCGCGGUGAGAUGUAUUCAAAGGAACGUGAGGAAGCUGAUGUCGGUGCGAGAAUGGCCAUGGUGGAGAUUGUACGUGAAAGUCGCGCCUCUCUUAAAUGUUCAUCGGACCGAGGAUCAGUUAAAGGCGAGAACGGAAGAACUUGAAGUACUUCGGGCGAAAGUUGAGAGGCUCGAACAGGAACGGAAUCAUCUUAAGCAUGAUAAUGAUAAACUCGAGGCAAAGUUGAGCGAAAUGACGGCUGACUUCGCGGAAGAACACUCAACCUCUACGUUAGCAGCCGAGAGGAUCGAUGCAGAAACAUCGGAACGUUUAAGAUUAGAACGAGAACUCCAAGAUGUUACCGAGGCCAAUAAGAAUCUCCAGCAGACUACUGAAAGACUCGAAAUGGAAUUAUUGUACGCGAGAGCAGCUGAUUUGAACGGCGUCGCGUCAGAUGGUGAAGAUGGCGAAGAUGGUGGUAUCUAUAGGCAACGCUACGAACAUGCUAUUCGUGAACUCGAAUUUACCAAGAGAAAGAUGGCUCAACAGCACGAAGACGAUCUCGAACAAUUGGUUGGUCUAAAGAAGCAAUUGGAGAAGAAGCUAGCCGAUGCCUAUGAAGAAGUCGAAGAACAACGUCAGGUCGUAGGUCAAUGGAAACGCCGAGUUCAAAAGUUAAACGGUGAAAUGCAUGACCUAAGAUUGCUGUUGGAAGAACAAACCGCUAGAAAUAAUCUUUUGGAGAAGAAACAACGCAAGUUUGAUUCGGAAACGCAAAAUUUGAUGAACGAUCUCAGGCAAGAAAAAGCACAACGAGAGAGAUUAGCGCGGGAAAAAGAGAUUACGAUUGCUGAGAAGUUUACGAUAGAACAAAACUUGAGUGAUGCAAAAUUAGAAAUUGAAUUGAAAGAAGAACGACUUCGUACGUUGAGUCAAGAAUUGGAAGAAUUAACGUUCGGUGGUAAAACAGAAGAAGAAGUUGCUCAAUUGAAGAAAGCGAAACACGAGUUGGAAAAACGUGCAAAGGAUCAAGAAGAAGAACUAGAUGAUUUGGCUGGACAGGUGCAACUGCUUGAACAGGCAAAAUUAAGACUCGAGAUGAGUAUUGAACAACAACGUAAAGAGAUGCGAAAGGAGAUGCAGCAACGUGACGAAGAACUGGAAGAUGUACGUGGAAAUGCCCUUAAAAAGGUAAAAGCUUUGGAAUCUCAAUUGGAAAACGAACAUGAGGAACGAACGAUACUUCUUCGAGAAAAACACGAAUUCGAACGAAGAUUGGUAGCCAUAGAAGAACAGGAUAGGGCUGAUCGUGCUGUAGAUGCUGAAACAACACAAAGAUUAAAAAGAGAUCUAAAAAGAACAAGAGCAUUGCUGAGGGAUGCCCAAACAAUGCUAGAAAGAUCGAAAGGUGAUUCGACUGGUAAAGCAGCUUUGAGACAAUUGAAAAACCAAUUGGAAGACGCUGAAUGUGCCAGAGCAGCAGCUGUCAAAGCUAAACAAGCUUUGGAACAAGAAUUGAAUGAGACGCAAGCUACUUUGGAGGAAGCUACGAGACUACGUUCCGAAGCCGAGGAUCGUGCUAAUGCUGCUAAUCGUGAACGAUCGGAACUCCUCUCUCAGCUCGAAGAAAAUGAAGAAGAACUUGCCGAAGUAUUGAAAAAGUAUCGAGCUGCUGUUCAACAAGUUUCAGCAGAACAAGCACAAUUACAAGAAGCUCAGGUGCAAAUCGCGGCACUCGAAGCAGAAAAGUCGUCAUUAAAAGAUCAAUUAUCAGAAUUGAGUCAACGAUUGGAAUCCGUAGAACAACUCGGUGAUCCAACUGCUAAUAGUCUUGCUACGAGACGAUUAGAGUUUCGCACAAAGGAGUUGGAAAGUAAAUUGGAACUGGAACAAACAACAAGAGCUCGUCUCGAAACCCAAAUAGCACGACUUAAGGAGAGUGUCGAAAAGCUUCAAACUGAGACAGCUUUACUUAGAACAAAGGAACAAACGGCACAAGACACGGCAAGAAGAUUACAGAGAUCAUUGCGCGAUGCUCGUGAAGAAGCGAGUUCUGCGUUAGCUCGCGAACAAGAAGCGACACGCGCACGACGCGAAUUAGAGAAAUCUUUGGAGGCUGCUGAAGCUGAAACUAAGGUCGCUCGGGACGAUCUAAGAUUAGCACUUCAAAGAAUAGACGAUUUGCAAAGUGCUAUACAGGGUGAACUCGACUUAGAUUGUAGCGAAGAAGCGACUAGUGAAAAUAGCGACAGUGAUUGAUCCGGAGCAACAUCGGACUUAGAGUCCGAAGCAGACGAAGAAGAACCGAUCGAUCGAAAAGGAUCGGCUCGAUGUUCUGACGAUGCAUCAUUAUCUAAUGAGACACCGAUCGAAGAAGAUCGUCGUAUAAAAUUUUUGGACACACGAACGAAGACCAGUUGCGAAUGAACCGAAUCCCGUUAUAGAUGGAAAAAUAAAAUAUCAAAGAAAUGAAACGUUCAUCGAUCGUUACACAUUACACACGUACACACAUACAUAUAUAUAUACAUAUAUUCGUGUUUUCUACGUUGACAUGUUGUGACUAGGAAAAAGUCGAUUGGUCGCAUAAAAGUGUCUGAAGUAUUAUUUUCGUCGUAAUAGCAAAUAAAAAAUUAUCGAAAGGGAAUCAAAGAAGGCGAACCACUCGAAACGGUGAUUCGUCUUAUUAUAAUAAUUAAGAUACAAAGAGAGAAAGGAAAAUUCGUAUCGUUAACAAUUAAGCUGCGAAAAAAGUCUCCUGAUAAUUGUACGCGAACAAGAGUCAACAAUUUUCACGAUUUCUCUCGCGGCUUUUCUCGCGGCUUAUCCAAAAAAGAUAGCAGCGAGUAAGUAGGUGCUAAACUAAUAAAAAUGUAUAAUACCCGUAAUGCUUCGACGUCGUGGUUGAACGUGUCUUCUUCUUCUUUUCAUUUUCUCUCCUCUCUGUUUUCUCUCUCUUUCUCUCUAUCUUCUUAUUUUUUUCUUUCUUUCUUUCUUUCUUUCUUUCUUUCUUUCUUUCUUUCUUCUUGUUCGCGCAUAAUUGGUGCUACUUUGCCCGACUAUAGUCUUCUACACGAACGAACGAUAUCGUUCCUUCAGUCUUCCAAGCGAAAUCAAAUAACUUUUAAUUUCUGAGACUCUUAAUACUAUUGUCAAAUGGCAAAGUACAUGGAAUUUUAAAGAAUAUAUACCUCAGAGCACCCUUUGAACUAGAAAAUAAUCGUCACACGAAAGAAAAGCCUUACUUCCAUCCAGAAAAUAAAUAUAUACAUACAUAUAUAUAUAUAUAUAUAUAUAUAUAUAUAUAUAUAUAUGUAUAUAUAUAUGCAUACACACAAAUAUAUAUAUAUAUAUAUAUAUAUUUAUAUAUAAAUAUAUAUGUAUAUCCCUACAUGCUUUCCGCAUGAUUGCAAAUCGCGAGAUUGCAAAUAUGGAUCGCGUUUUUUACCGUGUUUCGUUUGUAUAGAAAGAAAAAAAGAAACAAACAAAAAAGCCACGACUCGAGUCGGAUCUUUGAUUUCGUGUAAGAACUCUCGUGUAACUUAUUGCUUUGUAAAAUGCAGAUCUCUUAUUUAAUUACA